AUGGUGGGCUCUGACCUCCUGUGGUUGGCCUUGGCUUCCUGCACCCUGACCCUGGCCUGUGCAUUGCAGCAAGGUAACAGAAGCCCUCGCGAAAUCCAUUCCCCAGUGCAGUACUUGUCAUGCGGAGACCCUGGCACCCCAGAGGCUGAUGCCUGCUUUGACCCCUGCGAGAAUUACGAAGAAAUAAAUGACACGACCCGAAGCACGGAGUUCAAAGCAGGAACCAAAAAAAACGUGGCAUGUGACAACGACUUGAGUGGCUGGUAUCGCUUUGUGGGUGGCGGAGGAGUUCAGAUGCCAAUCAGUUGUGUGCCUAUGUUCCGAUGCCAAGCAGACGCCCCCGUGUGGAUGUAUGGGGACCACCCCAACGUCGAGGAUGGCAUUGUCAAUCGCACUGCCUGUGCCCACUGGGCUGAGAACUGCUGUUUCUGGCAGUUGGUGGUGCAGGUGAAGGCCUGCCCGGGUGGGUACUACGUGUACCAGCUGGAGGGCACCCCCACCUGCAAUCUGAGAUACUGCUCAGAACAUUGUGAGAAAACCUGCCUCCCCGGAGAGGAAUGCCAGUAUCGGGAUGGUGCCUGGGGCUGCUUCUGCACACGGAACCUCAGCGACUCUGAUAUUGAGAAGCUGAAACCAGAACUGGAGUGUGGGGUCACCGAGAUCACAUUGAGUACUAGAAAGUCUUUGCUGGAAGGUCUAUGUUUGGGGGAAAAUGUCACUGGCUACCUUCUAGACCGGGACUGCAGCAGCAUUCAGCAAAAAGAGGAUAGUGACUGGAUAAAUGUGACUGUUCCUCUCCAGGCUAGUGACUGUGGGUUCACUGUGGAGGGAAAUGACACCCGUGUCAUCUACAAAAACACUCUCUCCUUUGUCAACGAUUUAACCAACAGUGACACCACCCUCAUCAUCAACUUCCAGUGUACCUACUUAAUUCACAUCAAUGCCAGCCUCCCGAUUGCUCUGAAGCCCAUUGAAAGUUCCACAACCAUCUAUGUGGAAGGGGAAGGAGUGACUGGGAAAGAAGAAUUCAGUGUCGUCAUGGCCCUCUUCAAAGACGAGGACUAUACGGAUCCCUAUGUAGGGGAUGUGAUUGAGCUGCCAGUCGACACCAUACUCUACGUGAGCAUCAAGUUGGUGGAAAGAGACCAUCCUUACCUGCUGUUGUGGAGCUGCCAUGCCACCCCGACUGCAGACAGAGACGAUGAUUGGCAUUAUUUCUUCAUCGAAGAAGGACUUGCCCAGCUAGUCAAUAUCGCAGUGAAAAACCAGCCAUCAGCUCGACCCAGGUGGAACAUUUGGGACCCAGCACUCUGCGAGAAAUUAAGAUGCAAUAAUGUUAAUAGUAGUAGGAGUAGUACCAUGUUCUUCGUGCCUGGAACCAUGCCAAAUACCUUUGUGUCUGUGAGUGACCACUCUGAAGGCUCACACAGCCCAGGGAGGCCCUUUGGGAGGGACUUUGAGGACCGAAAUGAGUCAGAUCUGAGACUGGCACCCAAGAUGCUCGCUGCCUACCAGAGAAGGCAGCCGUUUAACAAAAACACCUGUCAAGUGUCCACCGUGUGCCAGCCAUUGUUCUAG